AAAAUUUAAGGAGCGUCUGUGGCGAUACAAAUUAAUUUUUUUCAACCGACUUUUUUUUACUGCAAAUGAUUUUUCGAAAAUUAGGUUUUUGUAUUUAAAUCAAUAUUCGAACGUGUGUUGUUUCGGAGUUAUUGAAAUGCAUAGACUAAGGACAAUAUUAUAUAGAACUUAAAAAAGCAGUACGAAAGUGUGUUUAUGUAAUAUUGAAUCUAUAGUGUUUAUUAUACUUGGACCGCAAUUAUUACCAAAUUAUAAAAUGUUGAUGGAUUAUAUUAUUAUAAUAAUUACUAAAAUGUUCAAAUAAUUAUAAUCUCGAUAAUAUCUUCUGAACCCAUUAUAUCAUCAACCUAUUUGCCUCAGCACGCAAAGUCAGAUAAUUCAAAACUACUUAUUGGAACUUCCAUCAAGAUAGGUACCAGCAAUAUUUUUUAAAAAAGUCGUCUGAUUAACAAUUUAUUAGAAAAAAGAAGUCGGGGUAUCGGCUGCACAGGACACUCCUUAUGUGAUUAGUAUUUGGAAAUAUGGUCCUCAGGUAUACUUACUUAAAAAUUCUAAAAACCACAUUUUAAGACGGCAACGAAUGUGCUCGGUAAAUCACACUGUAUAAAGUAUAUCGUAAUGGCAUAAUUGACAAAAUACUUAAUUGGUUGAAACUAUUAGUUUUGACAUUAUGACAUUUUUUUGAAAAAUCUCGCGAGUUACACGGCAAUUAUUCUACUGCGCAGUAACCGAAAACGGUCUUGAUGAACGUUUAGUAAGAUGUUAGAUUAAAACGUUGAUUUACAACGGCUUAUACGUUCGGAAAACAUUUCAAUUGUAUAAUAUUAUUUUAUAAGGAGGAUAACUCAAACGUAGUUUGAUAAAUUAGUUAAUAAAUCAUUAUAACAUUGGCGUUUAUUACUGCAUUCAAGUGCGUCCCGAAAGAAAACCAACAGCCGUGCGGGAAAAACUACGCAUUGUGUGUACCUAUAUACAAAGUCAAAGUAAGCGAAUGUAUAGUUAAGAAAAUAAUGAAUUAAUUGUUUUCACUCGUUCGUUCUGAUUUUCUCGUUAAAUUACAAAGUAUACUCACGUCGUCGGCGCGCGCUAAUACUUUUGUAUUAUAAAUUAAAUUUUAAGCACUCGUUCGGUUUACGUUCGGAAAUUGUUUUCAGAAAACACUACAUAUAGGUACUUAUAUAAGGAUUUCGAGUACUGUGCAGGAAACGAAAAUGAUUGCGAAAAACAAAAGCGAUGUGCAUCGUUGAAAAUAACAAUUUACGCGCAUCAUAUUAUUAGGAAUAAAUCGUGUAAGUUUAGAUGCAUAUUAGGUCGUUGCAAGCUGUUUAUUCAAUACCACAUGAUAUUAUUAUAGUGUCGUAUAUUAAAUCCAGCGCUGCAAAACCGUAGGUAUCUACGUGACGUCCAACUAUAUUAUUUUGUUUUUAAUUUAGUAAUUUCUCACUAGGUAGGUACUGACGUAAUUGUUUUAAGUGUAUCGUUAUUUUAGAUUACAAUAUCAAAGUUAUCAAUAAUGAAAUAAAUACCGUAAUUUACCAAACUUCGAGUAGCUGAGAACAACUAUUGUGGAGUAUUAUUGGGGGAGGUAAAAAUCGAUUUCACGUGUCGUUUGGUUUUUAUUCAUUGCUCUAUUUCAGACAUUUUUUUUCGCGGUUUUAUACAAUUAGGUAUAGGUACACACUACACAAUGUUCGUCCAAACAUUGCGGUUGAUGCACAUAACAUAUGAUUAUUUUAUUACUAUAAUAUUAUCGUUAUCAAACCAUUUCAUUUCACGAACCGUGUCCACUGCAAUAUAGGUAGGUGCAUAAUAUUAUAGGCAAUAUAAUAUAAUAUUAUACACGAGCGAACCAGUUUCCGUCUCCGUAGUCAGCAUAAUAGGUAUAUACUGGUAUUAUAGGUUAGGUAGUUAUGAGUAUAUAGGUACUAUGCACGCUCGUUGGCGAUUAAUAGGUAAUGGGUAUACUUAUAAUAUUAUGACGAAGGUAUAUGUAAUUGUAAUUCAAUUUCAAAAAAAAAAAUUUAAAAAACUAAAUAGGAUUAUUAUGUCUUUUUGACGGUUCAGGAGUAAUAACGGGUCGGUCGAAAGACGAGUAGUUGCACGAAUAACAUUAUUACAACGUGUAUACAGAGCGAUUCACCUGCAAGUAUGCUCGCACCUCCCUUUAAUAAUGCAGAUAUUACCCGUAAACCCGUAAUACCCGUUAAACAAGAACCCUGUAACUUUAUAGGUAUGACUGUAAAUUAUUAUUCAGUGACAAUUUUUUUAAAACGUUUUAUGUAGCAGGUACCUAAUUAAAAGGCUGAACGAGUUGUUUCUCAGUUAGUAAAACGUCCUUAAAAUGGUUUUACAAAAAUAUACCUAUAUGUAAUAUUCGAUCAUGUAAUCGUUUUACUUGGACGAUUUUCACAAAUUAUAAAUGAUGAUAGGUUAAUAUAGAUUAAUAUUAAUAACUAAAAAAAUGUUCAAAUAACCUGUAGUCCGCCCAUAUCGUUCAAACACGAACACUCAUUUUUAUAAUGGGGCUAUAUAUUAUCCUUAAUUCAUAAAGUAAAAUAACUCAAAAUCUACUAGUUUGAGUUAUGUUUUUAAAGCGUUAAAAUUGUCAGAAAAAUUGUCUACUAAUUAACUUAUAUAUAGUGGGAAACCGCUGGGUUCUCAUUUGAAAAACAGAAGUUUGUAUCUCACAGGACGAACACCUUAAGAAGUAAAAAAACAGCACAAGAAUUUUAAAAUACUGUGUUUAAUUAUAUUUGAAAAUAUUCAAAAUCUCAGAUUUUUAAUAAGUGCUAGCGACCGCGCAUUACUUACGAAAAUAAGGGGGAUGAGCAUGCUCGGUAGUCACUCUGUACAUCACAUCAAAUGUUCGAUGGACAUAAUAAUAAUUAUUGUAACGAUUUUAUGCAUGAAAGGACGAAUAAUAUAUUAAAAUGUUAUUACACAAAAACCAUUAUACUGCGGCUAUUAUUACUGCAGGUUGGUUUGCGGGGAUAAGACACGCGGCCGCGGACAAAUCGACGUCGUCGUCCAUCCCGGGAGAAAGCGAUUCUCCCCUACUAUAUACGCAUAACAAUGAUAAUAAUAAUCAACACGACGGUAGAACGCGAUGUUAUUAUUAUUAUUAUAUUGUGUUGGAGGCGAAUAUACCCACAGCAACGAUACGGACAUCUCCGUCUAUAAUACCUCUCCCGCGAGACGAGCGAGUUUCCCGCCGUCCCGGCUGCUGCACAGACGGUCUAUAUUAUACUAUUAUGUGUGUUUUCUGCUGUUAGAGUGGUCGUCGCCGGUAUUCCGGUUCCGACCGGUCCAAACCAUCGCCGCAGAUGAUGACCACGUCCAAGACGUCCGGUUAUGUGUUUUUUUUCGCCGGCUCACACGCACGUCACACACCACACGUCGUCGUCGUCGUCGCAGUCGUUUAACACAACGUUCAGUCGCUCGUUUGCCGUUGUCGCGUCCGUUGCGCCCCUCGUGGCCACUGCUAAGUUUACCCGUCACCGAUGUACAUAUAUGUAUAUAUAAUAUAUUAACGGAUGUAAUAUCGUACAGUAAUAUAAUAAACGCUCUGCAGAGUCGUAUUUUAAAUAAUCGAUUUUUUUUAAAUUUUUUUUUUUUUUUUAAUUUACCGUUCAAUUUAUUGAGUGCCGAUCAGAGUACACUAUACAAGAGCUGCGACGAAAAUCCAACUGAACAAAAAAAAAUUCAACAAACAUACUAUAUUAUACUCCGCUUCCAAGCCGCACAAUGUAUCUCGGCAUGGUUUCGACCCGACUGAUGGCGAUGGCCCUGGUGGUAGUCUGGUGCUGUUCGAUGACCGCCUCGGCACAACACUGGAAGUGGUCCAAACCGUACACGCGGAUGAGCUCGCCUAAGUCGUACUCGCCAUCGCACCCGGCCGUCUACGGCAAACCGCAACCACGACCUUAUUUAUCGUCUGGUCACGACAAACACCGAGAAAACCGAUGUGAACUGCGAAAAGCUGUGUUCACCCAGGACGCCGAGUCGCCGCAGUACAUCGUUUACAAGACCAAAAUCCCGGAUUUGAAAGAAUUCACGCUGUGCCACUGGCACAACAUUUUCAACUACACUCACGACCAGCCCAUAUUCUCGUACACGCAUCCUGGUAAACCUCGUGUCAUAUAUUCGUGGAUCGAGAACAAGCCCGACAAAACGUACUACUCUUUGGCCAUCAACGGACACACCAUCUAUAGGAUAAAUUACCCGGAGAAGUUGUUCAAAUGGUACCACGUGUGCCAGUCGUGGAACGGUCACUCGGGCGAGUGGCAGCUGUGGAUCAAUUCCGAGAGAGUGGGCAGAGGAUUCUACAACUUGAUGGCCGGCAAGAAGAUCAAGGGUGGCGGCGUGGCCAUCAGCGGACGGGAGUACGUGGAACAAGCGUUGGCCGUCCACUACCCGGCCUUUUCGGGAGAACUGACUCUGGUGUCGCUGUACAAGGCGGCGCUGACCGCGGGCAAGGCGUACAACGACCACAAGCACCAUCACGUGCACAACUUCCAUCACGGUUACGACGAGUCGGUGGACGAGGCCGAGACCGAGGCGCCGCCGACGUUGCCCCCCGGCCCGGAGGCCACGAGGCCGCCGCACUUGGCUCACGGUGGUGCUUUUUCCAACGGUCAGCGCGUGCCCGGAGUGGUGUUGCCGAAUGCCGCGGACCAGGCGCCGCAGCAACCGCCGACGAUGCCGCUGCACCUCCCGCAACUGCCACCGUCCCCGCAACUGCCGCUGUUCGACGGCGGCCUGUACGACUUCUACGACGCGCCGCACUCCGACGAGACGUUCCGCGUCAACCUGUUGGACAAGCGCGCGGACGACAACCGCCGCAGCGGCAGCAGCAGCGUGGUCCGCUUCAAGCGCAGUUGGAUUCCGCUGUUCCGGCAACCCAUGUCGGACGUCACUCCCGUGGCUGACGCCACCAACGCCGCCGCCCGGAACGCCCGGUCCCACGGCGGUGACCCGAAGCGCGAACCGGCCGAGUGGGAGGUGGCCAAAGUGGCCGACGUGUGCGCGGCCUGCGUGCCCGACCCGUUCGGCGCCGCUUCCGUCCUGUCCUGGCACGAGACCCGCAAACAGUUCUACAACGGCGCCCUGUACCUGCCCGCCCUGCCCAAGUGCUACCUGUUCUGAUGAGAUUCGCGUGGCCGCCACCGCCGAUUCGCCUCCAACCCCGCCUCCACAAAAUCUUCCGGACUCGCCUGCACCCGCCGCCGACGCGAUAUCGCCAUACAUUUUAUUAUAGCACGGCGGCGGCGGGUGGGCGCGUCACUGUACAUAUUUAUACGUAUAAUAUUAUUACUAUUAUUGUUAUUACCGAUAGAGCGUAGACCUUAUAAUAAUAUUAUUAAUUAGUUAUAAUACAUUAGUAGCCAAAUCGCAUAAUUUUUUCAGACGCCGCGGGUGUGACAGUGGAUUUUAAGCGAUCCGAAUUCGCAAAUUUUACCAAAAACUAAAAAUCUGAGACAUUUUGGACGGUUUUGCUGCAAAAAAAAAUGUUUUCCGGUUACAUGUAGAUCGUUUUUGUAACGUGAAAAAAAUUGAAAACCGUUCCGCGAGCGAAAUCCAGUGUACCUAUACCGUGGUAUGCAAACGGUCAGUCCGUCUGUAGUUUAAGACGCGUUAUUUAUUUAUAAACCAUAUUCUAGAGUAUUGUAGCACAGUCGUACUGUUAUGGAACAGUGAUACGCAAAAAAAAAAUUGUAUAAAAUCGUUUUCAGUCCGCGUCCGCAAGUUAUGACAAUGCAUAAUCACCACUUAUCGCAUUGCACCCUAAUCGCUGGCUGUUUAUUACAUGGUCGGUGGUCGUUUAGCUUGGACUUGAAACAAUCACGAAGAUUGUCACUGCCCUAGUCAUUCCUGACCAAUAAUAAUUAUUGUUGUUGUUGAAAAAAAUUGUUCCACCGCGAUAAUGACGUCAUCGUCAUGGUGCUCGUACGACGGACGGGUUCUCGAACACAGUUUGUUAGGUUUUCGGUCGAAUGGGUGGACCAAAGGAUCCGAUGAUAAAUCCCGAAAUUCCAUCAUCGCCGUUUACGACAAAACACAGUUACAAAGAAAAUUGUUAUGCUUAUUUUUUAAUAAUAUUUUGAAGUGUAGACUAUUUUUUUUUCGUAAAAUCAGCAUACGCCAUAAUACCUGUAAUUCAUUAUAUCCACAGGACACUUCAUCACAAAUAGAACAAAAAAUCACAGACAUUAAAAAAAAGAAAAUGGUCUUGAAAUAUAUUAGAUACAAAUUCCAUAAAUCAGAAGGAAAAAUUGGGGUACCAUGUUUGAUGAAUCACUCUGUAUUCACACUAUACAGGUUCAUAGGUUGAACUUAUUGAUAUUUUAGGUUCUGCGCGUGUACCUUUUUUCUUUAUACAAUGACGUGCCAUGCACCAUAAAAGCCGGUCUAUAGUCAAUCAAAGGCUUUGAUCGAACUUUAGGGUUCGCUCUAUUCAUCCGUAUCAAUUGACCGCGAAGGCCAUAUAAAUAAUUAUAUCCGAUAAAUCUCCAAUCCUAUUUGGUGCUACAUAUACAUUACAAUCGAUCGGAUUCGAGAACACAGGACUGCUGCAGAAGAUCUAUUUUAAUGGUGAAAUCUUUUAACGAACUUAAGAUCAAUUUUGAUUACGACAAUCGUCCCAAAAUCUAACAAAAUAAUUAAUAAGCCGUAAAAAUCUUUCCGAAACAAAACUGUACAAUGACGUGAUACAAUAAUUGUAUACAUUUUCGUUGUACAUAAUAUUAUUAUAUCAUAACAAUAUGUUUAGUAUGAAUUAUUUACGUUGAGCGGUUUUGUAAGAUUUUUAUUAUUUAUGUAAGGAAUAAAUUAUAAUUACAUUUUUUUUUUAGCUUAGAGUUAGUUAAAAAUAAUUGUAUAACUGUGAUAUUGUUACCGUGUAUAUAAUUAUAUAUUAAAUUAAAUAAUAUAUUUCAUGUAUAAAUAUUAUGCCUAUAGUUUAUGUUUUUGAUCGGAAUGUUUUAUUUUAAAGGCUACUAUCUAAUAACAGGUACAGAUACAAUAGUUAAAAAAAAAAUUAAAACAGUCAAAUUAUAUCUUAAACACAACAUCAUAUAAUAAAACAAUUUUUAAUCACGAACAUAAUAUAUACUUAUAUAGUUGCUGUGGCUGUAGAAUAUACUAUCUGUAAAGUCUUAACUAAUUUACAAUAUAGUACCUAUAUGAUGAUGA